AUGGGCGGAGCUUUGGAAAGAGCCUUGCCGUUGGCGUUGACAGUCUUCUGCGGUGUUGCUGGUGGAUUUUACACAUUCCAGCCCAUGCUGGCGCCAAAAGAGCCACUGGAAAGCACACAAAACCCAGAGAAACCCGUCAAUUCAAGAGCGGAUGAUGCCAGAGCGACGGCACCAAAGGCAGGAGAUGUGAAGCCUACGUGA